UGCAGGGCUGGGCGCACGCGCAGCCCGCCAGUAACGCACGCGCCGCUCUGCGGGACGGUCACCGACAUGGACUCAAGGAUACCAAUACUGUUGCUCUCGCUGUGCGCGUGUGCCAGCAGUGAGCCGCUGCCCGACGCGCUCCAACGACGGAGCGGCCACGGAGUGUACGCCUCGGAGUACUCGAGGGGCUACCAGCCCCUGGCCUACGCAGCCAUCCCGCUUCACGCGCCCAUUCCCGUUCUGCACGUCCUCACGCCCGCCCAGAACCCCGACCAGGAACGCGCCCAAAGCGUCAACAGGCCCAAUUACGCCCAACCGCAGCAAAGUGUCAACAGGCCUACUUAUGCUCUACCUCAACAAAGCGUCAACAGGCCUGCUUAUCCUCAACCGCAGCAGAGCAUCAACAGGCCUACGUAUGCCCUGCCGCAGCAGUACUUGCCCCAGCAGUACGUGCCCCGAUACGGCCAACCAAACGGCUUCGUCAACCCAUACUCAUACGCCUCAUCCAUGAGCUACCUCAUGUACACCAACCCCCCAGAAGAACCAGAGGAGAGCGCCCCGCCCACGAUCCUCUACGCUCGCCCCAACCCCAAUGGGGGCUACACAUACCGCCGGAGACCCAACAAAAAUCGAACAGCCCCAAAGAAACCCCCAAACGAACCCGUCAUCAUCAAAAUCCACAAAUACAGAGUCGUCAGAGAUCGAUAGACACGAUAAACACC